AUGGAUGCCCUUGGAAGACCUCAGGGUGAUCCACGAGGUGAGCACCUCGAUUGGAUGCUGCAUAUCAUUUCUCAUUCCGUGGCAGAACAGGCUUCAGAGCGAGAAGCUGAGGGACCGAAGCGCAAGAACAAUCCAGCUCAACGACCUCUGCCUCCCGAGAAAGCAACAGCCGAUACUGGCACUCGAUACUCACUUGCAGCCCGUGUACAAACUCUUACGUUGUUCUCGAUUGGCUUCACUCCCAAGCAGAUCAAUCAGAUGAUCAGGGUACCGGAGAGACAGGUGUCAAGGAUUGCGCAAAAAGCAGCGGAACGAGGCUACCGGCCAAGGGAAGAUCUGCGAAUUCUCGAGCAUUAUGUAGAGGAUGGGCUCAUCACUGGCCGACCGAGGAAGGCAAAGGAUAGGGAGACGGAGAAGACAGGGUGCAGCACGUCAGAGAACUCAACGUGA